AUGGUAUCAGAGCCACGGCGAGCAAGUUACGCCGCCGCAGUCAGUGGCUCUGGCGAGUCUAGUCAGGGAGUUCAUGCAGGAUCUCCGAUCAUUGGAUCUCCUGUUCGCGCACCUCCGGUGAUCAACGCACAGAGAGUUCCGCAGAGGAACAAUACCAGUGAAGAUAUAGACAAUCCUUUGUAUCUAAAUGUCAACGAGAACGCCAAUGUGGUUCUAGUCAGUCCACCUCUCACCGGCAGUGGAAACUACAGUUCGUGGAGCAUCUCCAUGCGCGUUGCCCUCGAGGUGAAGAAUAAAUGGGGCCUGGUUGACGGAAGCUUCAUCGCGCCGGAAUACGGCCAUGCUCAGUACGGUGCUUGGAGAAGAUGCAACCUCAUCGUCAAGGCAUGGAUCCUGAAAUCUGUCAACACUUCAAUAGCGCAAAGUGUAAUGUACAUGGAGGAGGCCAAGGAAAUCUGGAAUGAUCUGCGAAGACGAUUCUCGCAAAGAGAUGCACAUCGCAUCUCAUCUCUGCAAAACGAAAUCUAUGGCCUAAGACAGGGAAGCAUGACUGUCAACGAUUACUAUACAGGCUGCCGGACUCUUUGGGAGGAGAUGAAUGCUCUUCGUCCUCUUCCGAUCUGUAAGUGUGUUCCACGCUGCUCGUGUGAUUUAGUAGACGAAAUCAGGAAAGACAGAGAAAUCGAUCAGAUAAUUAGAUUUUUGCAAGGUUUGAAUGAAGAAUACAAUUCUUUGAAAUCUGGAGUCAUUGUGCUUGAUCCUCUUCCCGAGUUGCAUAAGAUAUUCGUGAUGGCUGAGAAGUUUGAGAGACAGCUUAACAUCACCAACUUGAAUAGCAUUGGAUUGGAGAUCGCUCAUGCUAAUGCAGUAGAAACCGUACAGGACCAUUCUGAUGAUUCUAACACCAGUGUUAAUUUUGUUAAUAGCAGGAAACCAAUUCAAUGA